AUGUCAGAGGAUCUAGCAAAACAGUUGGCUAGCUACAAAGCUCAACUCCAGCAAGUAGAAGCUGCUCUAUCUGGAAACGGAGAAAAUGAAGAUCUGCUGAAAUUGAAGAAGGAUUUGCAAUGGCUCUCUGCAUCCCCGAAACGCCUUCCUUCAGUAAGCAGAGUGCUUGAGUGCACCCCCUUUGACCUGCUGAUAUGUAGAUCACAACACCUGAUGCUUCCUGGAUUUGCCGAUUACUGUAACUGCUGCCCAUCUGUCAAUGAAGGAGCAGUUUCAGAACUCAGACUUGGGGGAGGAAAAGUAAUUAAUGGAAGUUAUAGAAUUGACCAAAGACCUUCUGUCAACUCAACCUUCAGAAACUCUUGCAAGUUCAGACAGUUUUGCUUCUGCUCAGCCCACUCAUUCAUGGAAAGUAGGGGACAAGUGUAUGGCAAUCUGGAGUGAAGAUGGACAGUGUUAUGAAGCGGAGAUUGAGGAGAUAGAUGAAGAAAAUGGCACCGCUGCAAUCACCUUUGCUGGUUAUGGCAAUGCCGAAGUUACUCCAUUGUUGAACCUCAAGCCUGUAGAAGAAGGAAGGAAGGCAAAAGAGGACAGUGGCAACAAGCCCAUGUCAAAAAAAGAAAUGAUUGCCCAGCAGCGUGAAUAUAAAAAGAAAAAAGCUUUGAAAAAAGCACAGAGAAUAAAAGAGCUUGAGCAGGAACGAGAGGACCAGAAGGUGAAAUGGCAACAGUUCAACAACCGGGCUUACUCUAAAAACAAAAAAGGCCAGGUAAAGAGGAGUAUUUUUGCUUCGCCAGAAAGCGUAACAGGCAAAGUUGGAGUUGGAACUUGUGGAAUUGCUGACAAGCCUAUGACACAGUAUCAAGAUACAUCUAAAUACAAUGUCAGGCAUUUGAUGCCUCAAUAAUCAGAAAAACUGUUGGAUUUCAUCUCUGCAGGGCUUUACAUUUACCUUUUUAUCCUUAUAUUUUUCUAAAGGUAAAUUAUUUGUUAGAUGAGUAAGGAAGAUACAUUGUUGUCGUUGUUUGGCUUUGGUAGAUUGAAACUUGAAGACCUUUGAUAACUCCUGUCAUUUAACCUUUCAUUACUACACCACGGUUCCCUGUUUGUUGAACACGGCAACUUCUCUAGGUAAACGCUGCUUACCCCAGCACUUAGAUGACCUACUGACCUUCAGCCCCCGUUUAACUGAUGUGUAGAAUUUGUAAGGCCUGACUUGGAAUUUUCAGAUGCUUUGCACUUGACUUAAUUCCAGAUCAUUGGAACAUCGAGGUGAAAUGCCAGUCGGCUAGAGAGCCUCUUCAGUUUUGUAACCUGGCCAUUUUCCAGACAAGCCCAAGUAUAGGUUAAUUUAUAAACAGCAAAGUUUAUUUUGAGGGUUUUUUUCCUUGAAUUAAUUGUUUCCGGGGCCUAUUAGGUCACCUCUACAAUCGACUCAUCUUGUACUUUUUGUCAUUGAAUUUGAAUUUUAUAUUAAAAAACAGACAAACCAUGUUUAGGAUGUGCUCCCCUUCUCUGGUGUUUAUUUGGUGUUUUGUUUUUCCUUUGAUUUUUUUCACUUGUGAUAGUGGUACCAUAUUUGGGAUGUGUAAUGUUUAUAUGGGAAAACAAAAAGCUGUAUAGCCCUGUAUACAAUGUAGAUACUAUUUUUGUAAAAAAAAAAAAAACAAAAAACAAAAACCAAGGCUAAAUUAAUGAACAAGAGUACUGAAUGUUCCAUGAUUAGAUUUUCCUGUAUUUCUUGUGCAUUAAUCUGACCAUAAUUUCCCUGUAUAUUAUGUUCAUGUAGCUGAGUUUGUAACUUCUAUUAACUAGAUCAAGUUACCAGCAUUUGUUGGUAUAAGUGAGCACCACAGUUAUCCCAAGUUGAGUUUAAGCCAAAAACACAGAAAAAAAGGGGUCUUCCGUUGGAAGAAGAAAUUGGAAGAAGACAAUUUUUAGGGUGUGUGUUAAUUUCAGUUUUGUAUGUUUAACUUUAAUAAAUAAAGUGUUUUUAAAAUCUUCA